UCCAAGAUCCUGAAAUGCGCCGGGAAUGAAGACAUCAUCACCCUGCGAGCAGAAGACAACGCGGACACGCUGGCUCUGGUGUUUGAAGCACCGAAUCAGGAAAAGGUUUCUGAUUAUGAGAUGAAGCUGAUGGACCUCGAUGUGGAGCAGCUUGGAAUUCCAGAGCAGGAGUACAGCUGUGUGGUGAAGAUGCCCUCAGCUGAGUUUGCCCGGAUCUGCAGGGAUCUCAGCCACAUCGGCGACGCCGUCGUCAUCUCCUGCGCCAAAGAUGGGGUGAAGUUCUCAGCCAAUGGAGAGCUGGGCAAUGGAAACAUCAAGCUGUCACAGACCAGCAACGUGGAUAAAGAGGAGGAAGCUGUCACAAUAGAGAUGAACGAGCCUGUCCAGCUGACCUUUGCUCUGAGGUACCUGAACUUUUUUACCAAAGCCACUCCCCUGUCACCUACAGUAACACUCAGCAUGUCUGCAGAUGUUCCUCUUGUUGUGGAGUACAAGAUUGCUGAUAUGGGACACUUAAAGUACUACCUGGCUCCAAAGAUUGAAGAUCAACAAGAAGGCUCUUAA